CCUGUCGCUGCAGUCGGAGUCCCCGGGGGGGCAACCGAUCCGUUGGCUGUCAAGGUGGAGCUUCCCCUGUUUGCUGGUUGAUUCUGCUCUGGCCGGGACGCCAUGGGUAUGGGCAUUCACUACCCAGACUGUGGGGAAGCUGAUGGAGAAGAAAGACCGGGGGAUGUUGGCUUGGAGAGGCCGUGGUAUAUAAACUGGAAAGGGCGGGUGGGUCUAUAUUGCCCGGCAUUAUGACAACGCCAUCACAAAGGCACAAUCACAAUCGGAUCUGACCUCGUUCUUUUUCAUCCUGAUGAACAUGCUUUCAGGGUCAAAAAAAUAUUAGACGGUACUCCAUACUAGUGCGAUCACCAUGUCGGAUGCUGUUUUUUGGACUACCUAUGUUAUCGGGGCUACAGCAGGUGGUGGUGCCACUACAGGUGCCACUUACGCAGAGGACUGUAGCCCGCCAUUACGCCCUGCGCGGCGUAUUUCCGUAAAGCCUUCUAUCCCUAACCCUGGGUGGUCGAACGGUCGGGGGAUCACCGGAGUGGCAGCCCAAGUGGCAGCCCGAUCUGGGCUCAUCAGUGGUGGGCGCUGGACGCGAUGGUCUCACGCAUAUCUACAACCUGAAGCGACCCAUGCAUGGAUGGUAUCUCAAAUCCGCGUGCAAUCAACACGGUUGGCGCAGCAAUGGUCGUUAGUUCUCGCGGCCCUCGGACGUUCGUGCAACCUGCGACGCAUGCCCGCGGAGAAAGCCAUGCCGAUGCUCGCAACCUCGUUCGAGCGCGUCCAUCGGUCGCAUGGGUAUAAUCCUUGGGGUAUUGAGGGGAGGAUGUCUCGACGGUGUUCUCAGGCCCUUUGCUCGACCGGUUCUAUCCCUCAAGUCGAUGACGGGUCGAACGCCAGCGACUCGACGACCAUCCUGGGUAUACAACCGGACUGAAGCAUUUCCUUGGUCGACGGGUCGAGAAGAUAGGCUGGUUGUCGCAUCCGAGGCCAGGUGUUGAACCUAGUGCACCGCUAUGAUUAGAAGGAUGUUGAGGGGGGACACUCCGGCUUCCAACACCAGGCCACACACACACACACAGACACAGUUCCCGACUGCGAUCCCCUCAUCGCCGUCCCAUCGCCGAGGGACCGUGU